CGCGCUCCCCCCUCUGCUCUGGAGUCAUAAAAAAAGGAGGGAGAGCUGAAAAUAUAGUCCGAGUCUACGUCAAGCCCGAGGACGCUGCGCUGUCAGAGGCUGAAGAGAGACAAGUACAAAGAGGAGUCGAUCCGUCGAGCCCAAGUUAUUCUGCGCCGCGCUCCACACGCCGCGCUCAUGGCAUCCGUACUUGGAAACAGCAGCCGCGCGUCCGGGGCACAGAGCGGACAGGUCAAAUGUAAGCUGAAGAAGAGGAGGAGGAGGCGAUCCAAGAGAAAAGAGAAAGUCAGUAUGCUGUCAGCAUUGAUCGCGCCUUUCAAGUACAUCAGCCAGGGGACCAGCAGCACAGAGGACGAGGACAGUUUAAGUACGAGCAGUGCAGAGGUAAAGGAGAACCGUAACAUCGGGAACUUAGAGGAUCGCUCUGCUGAGUCGCUCUUCUGCUCUGAUUCAGCAAGAGGUGGGAGCUCAAGUCUGAAGAGGAAGCGGCCACUGGAGGAGGACAACAAUGGUCACAUGUGUCAGCUCCGCCUCAUCUAUAAGAAACUGUCAUGGUCAGAAGCUCCAAAAAACGCCUUGGUGCAGUUAAACGAGCUGCGGCCGGGGUUGCAGUACCGCAUGGUGUCUCAGACCGGCCCUGUCCAUGCACCUGUCUUCUCCAUCGCCGUGGAGGUGAACGGGCUGACCUUUGAGGGAACCGGUCCCACAAAGAAGAAAGCCAAGAUGAGGGCUGCAGAGCUCGCUCUUAAGUCCUUCAUCCAGUUCCCAAACGCCCCCCAAGCUCAUCUGGCCAUGGGAAACAUCUCCAAUCCCUCAGCCGACUUCACCUCAGACCAAGCUGACUUCCCUGAAACGCUCUUUAAAGAGUUCGAAACCUCGCCAUGCUCAGACGGCUUCUCGCUUUGCAGCUCAGCGGCAGAGAGCGAGCUGCUGUCCAGUGAACUGCUAAGACAUGGACGGCUGCUCCGCCACACCCUGGACCUGAUGGUACAGGCUCAGCAGAGACUGGGGGGGAUAGUUCCAGAGCCAGAAGCCCCUAGGAGCCCUGUGGCUCUGCUCAAUGAGCUCCGGCCAGGGCUGAGAUACGCCUGCCUGUCAGAGCGAGCUGAAGGCCGGCGGCUGCGUAGCUUUGUGAUGGCUGUGCGUGUGGACGGGCGGAUAUUCGAGGGCUGUGGUCGCAGCAAGAAGGUGGCCAAAAACCAGGCAGCUCAGUGUGCUCUUCAGGCCCUCUUCAACAUCAGGACUGCCCCUGAGGGCCCGACAGGCCUCAAAGCCAGCAGGAAGAGCUGUCCUCAUUUACCCCAGGACUUUGCCGAUUCAAUAUUCCACCUGGUGAGGGAGAAGUACCGGACGCUGGUGGGCGGCUGUAGUCCUGCGCACACUCGACACAAAUCCCUGGCAGGCAUCGUAAUGACCCGAGGUCUGGACCUGAGGCAUGCACAGGUGGUGGCGUUAUCCACGGGAACUAAGUGUAUUAACGGGGAGUACCUGAGCGACCAGGGACAAGUGGUUAACGACUGUCACGCUGAAGUCACAGCCCGCAGAGCGCUGCUACGCUUCCUCUACUCUCAACUCGAACUUUAUGUGAGUAAAAGACCGGAGGACUGGGAGGAGUCGAUAUUCGUACGACACAAGGAGUGCGGCUUUAGGUUGAGAGACAACGUCCAUUUUCACAUGUACAUCAGCACGUCACCGUGUGGGGACGGGAGGCUCAACUCGCCCUACGAAAUCUCCACAGACCUUCACAGCAGCAGACACCUCAUGAGGAAGCAUCGCAGCCACCUGCGGACCAAAAUUGAGUCAGGGGAGGGGACAGUGCCGGUGAGAUGUCGAGGGGCGGUCCAGACCUGGGACGGUGUUUUACAGGGCGAGCAACUCAUCACCAUGUCAUGCACGGACAAAAUCACCAGAUGGAACAUCCUGGGCCUUCAGGGGGCGUUGCUGAGCCACUUUGUGGAGCCCGUGUACCUGCACAGCGUGACCAUCGGCAGCCUUCAUCACACAGGACAUCUGGGCAGAGUUCUGAACCAGCGUUUGGAGCGGCUGGGUCCACUGCCUCCCACACACAGACGUAACCAGCCACUACUCAGCGGUUUGAGCAACGCUGAGUUUCAUCAUUCGGGGAAGGCCUCAUGUGUGAGUGUGAACUGGACUCUGGGUGACACACAGCUGGAGGUGGUGAAUACAGCGACAGGAAGGAGACGGGACUCAGGGACACCCUCACGUCUCUGCAAACACACACUGUUCACCCGCUGGAGUCGACUGAACCGCAAGCUGGGGGUCCACGUGUCAGACUCAGCAGACCGUCAGCUCAUGUACUGCGAGGCCAAGAUGGCGGCUCGUCCAUACCAGACAGUGAAGCAGCAGUGGUUCAGAUCUCUGCAGGAGACGGGCCUCGGCACUUGGGUCAAGAAACCGCCAGAGCAGGAGCAGUUCCUGCUGUCCGACUGAGGACAAGUGUGUGUGUGAGUGUGUGUGAGACAGAUAAAGAGAGAGUGUGUUUAACCUUUAUUUUUUUAGGCUAAGAUCCAUGAUCAUCCUCUUUAAACCUUUACACCUGGACAUUUCUAGUGCAACCUCUGAACUCAAGGCUAACACCAUGUUUAGUUUGUAUUUGUGUUUAUGCAUACAGGGCUGCAGCCUACAAAUGUUUCGCUGGUUUAAUCAGAUUUUGCUCAUCAUCAACCUUUUUAGACCUUUCAUUAACACAAAUUAAUUCAUUCUGAGCAUUACCAAGUGGUAAUCACAAUGUGAGGUGUGAACGCACCUCAGUGCAUAUUGAGCAAGUUUUGGCAUCAGAAAACUUGGACUACAUGUGGAGGUGGCCUUCAUCUGGGUUGUUUUAGUGAUAUAGCUCCAUGUAGUGUCACGCAUU